CCGCCGCUCUCCCCCAAAGUGGCUGCUGGGCGCCGGCGGGCCGCCCACUUUCAGGCUUUGGAGAGACAGGGAAAGCGAUGUGCGCCUUCUGACGUCUGGUUUCACCGCAUCACCUUGUCAACUUUCACUCCCUUAGUCUCUGUCCAGACCCUCCCCACAUCCCUCCUCGAAGCCACUCAGGGUGCCUGCCGCGCGCACGCUGGGGGCAGCAGGGUCACUGUCUGUCUGGGAUGGCUUCCAAUUUUAAUGACAUAGUGAAGCAGGGGUACGUGAGGAUCCGGAGCAGACGCCUAGGGAUUUAUCAGCGAUGCUGGUUAGUGUUCAAGAAAGCUUCGAGCAAGGGUCCAAAGAGACUGGAGAAGUUCUCAGAUGAACGGGCGGCGUACUUCAGGUGUUACCACAAGGUUACAGAACUCAACAAUGUGAAAAACGUAGCCCGAUUGCCAAAGAGCACCAAGAAACAUGCUAUAGGGAUUUAUUUCAAUGAUGACACCUCGAAAACCUUUGCUUGUGAAUCAGAUCUUGAGGCGGACGAAUGGUGCAAGGUUCUCCAGAUGGAGUGUGUGGGGACCAGAAUCAAUGACAUCAGCCUCGGAGAACCUGACUUAUUGGCCACUGGGGUGGAACGAGAACAGAGCGAGAGAUUCAAUGUGUAUUUGAUGCCAUCUCCUAACUUAGAUGUACAUGGCGAAUGUGCCUUGCAGAUUACAUAUGAGUACAUCUGUCUUUGGGACAUCCAGAAUCCCAGAGUCAAACUCAUCUCUUGGCCGCUAAGUGCCCUGCGGCGGUAUGGACGUGACACCACGUGGUUCACUUUUGAGGCAGGGAGGAUGUGUGAGACUGGUGAAGGAUUAUUUAUUUUUCAAACACGAGACGGCGAGGCCAUCUACCAGAAGGUCCACUCUGCUGCCUUGGCCAUAGCUGAGCAGCACGAACGCUUGCUGCAGAGCGUGAAGAAUUCAAUGCUCCAGAUGAAGAAGAGUGAGCGGGCGGCCUCGCUGAACACCGUGGUGCCCCUGCCCCGCAGUGCCUACUGGCAGCACAUCACGAGGCAGCACAGCACAGGGCAGCUGUACCACCUACAAGAUGUCACCAGCCCUCUGAAGCUUCAUCGGACAGAGACUUUCCCAACCUACCGGUCCGAGCACUGACAGCAACCGCCAAGAGCUGUUAGCACACUUGUGCCGUAUCAGCCACAGAUCCACGUGCAGGAGGACGCAGAGGGACAGCCAGGGAGAAUGCAGAAUGUGGAGAAGCGGCUUCGCACCCUGCUAACAUGUGUGGCCACGGGAAAUGCUACGGAACAACGUCUGUACAUAAAAUUUCCCCCUUUCCCUUCUUUUUUUUUUUUUUUUUUUGUUUUCUUUUUUCUUUUUUUAAAGAUACAGCCCUAACCUCACGGAAACAUGCCGGAUUAUAUCAACCCACCCUGUUUUUAUAGCCGGACAGAAGGAGUCGGUGUCGCUACUACGGACUGAUUUUCUAUGGGUGACAGGUGCCCCUCGUGCCUCUCUGAGUCUGUCCUUUUGUGGAUGUGUGUGAUUCUCCUUGUAAGUGUUUCAGUCGUAAGACAGUCCACAUGGACAAUAAAAUGCCUCUUCAGUA